UUGGUACGUUGGCUAUGCGUGUUUUCAGCGGUUGAGUUUAAAAUUUUCUCAAAUUCAAAACAAGUGACAUUGCAUACGUUUCGGUUGCGGUAAGAAGUUCUGUUAUUUCAGAGACGGAUUGCAGUCCAUUAUUAGGGUAUUACGUCCAUUGAGUCUAUUGCUUUCCUAAGUGAAAUACAUAAGUUUGUGUAUGUGAGCCGUAUGAAUUAAUUUUUUGACGAAUUUGUAUAUAGCAUUCCAUUUAUAUAGACCAUGGAUCCAUUCAUACAGCGAAUGAUGGCUAGAUCCAGAGCUCGUCGAGAAAAGUGCUUUAAAGAAAUGCCGAAUGACGAGCUAAAGUCCAUGGAUCAACGCAAUCCUUUGCAAGAAUACAACCAGAUACAACGAAUAAAAGGGACCACAGAAGUUGACGUGGGUGUGGCAAAACCUGGUACAGGAUCCAUUGCCAGCAGUGUUGUUGUAACACCAACCAGAGUUGAGUCUGUCAAUGCACAUUCUGACGAAGAUGAAGACGAUGCACCCAAAGAGAAUAUAAACAUAGAGAUUUCUGAAACAAAGCCAGAAUCUACCAGUGCUAUUAGAGACAGUGCUCGUUCUAGACUUCACAGGCUUGGAGCCUUGUAUGCAGAUUCAGAGCUCUCAUCUCCAAUCCAUAAAACAGAGGAAAGUUUCAGUGCAGAACAAGAUGAAAGAGAAGUACCAGACCAAAAACAAAAGAAAUCAGGGGUACGGCUAGCCAGGUUUGCUAUGCUUGCUGACACCAUCAAACAGUGGGAAGAUGAUCUUCGCCAUCCUACUGCUGCUAUUUCGCCUGAUAAUCAAAUUUCAUAUGAAGGGAAAACUGUUAAUGAUGUUGACCACGGUACCAAUACUGAAGACACACAGAAUUUCAAAAUAUUAAGCAAACCGAAUCCAGACCAACAGUGUUUGAAAAACACAUGGGAAGGGACCAAAACAAAGGAAUUUGUGUUAGAUGAGGGCGUCAUUGCAACACUUGAAACACUAGGAUUCUCACGCACCCAGUCUAAAUCUAGAUUAGUGUAUGAUUACUCAAAACAUUCUUCACCGAGUAAUGGGAAUGAUGUUAAGAUGUACAACACUGUUGCUCCAGAUUCAAAGAAAAUUGAAAACAAACUGACAAGAAUAGAAGAAAAUGCCACUAUUACACAGCUGGGUUCAGGGACAUUGGUGCCAGUACAGAGUUCUCAAAAUCUGGUGAAGGGAAUGAAGAGUCUUCACAGCAACUCAAGCAACAAGUUAAUCACUUCUCCAGAAAAAAGAAAUUUCAAAUCGAACGGAAGUCCAUGUGUACCAGGUGUACCACAGAUGGGUCUUCGUGUCGGUAGUCCUCACAGAGGAGAUUCAUCGCCAAAAACUGGUUCAGUACUUCACAAGGCUGCUCUCUUUGAAUCAAGCCCAACAAAGAAGAAUGUAAAGGACCCAACUGAACUGUCAGUAUCAGAAAGGCUUGCAUUGUUUGAACGCAACAAGGGCCAAGCUUUGGUCCCUAAGGCUGCAUUCUCAAUGCCUGUUCCAGCCAAAUAUCUCGCAGAUAGUAAUGCUGGAGAAAAAAAUAUGUCAAGUAAAAUUUCAUCUCCUGGGAGGGGGAACAGGAUGGUAGGCAGGCUAGUGAUGCAGUUGCAGGGAUCCUUUGCAUCUGGCAAUGAAGCAAAGGAAGUUUUGCCACCAGGACAGAGACUGAUGCAGGCUGAUAAAUCCAGUGUUGCCGAAAUGGCCCCUUCACCACCGACAUCUGGUGAGGGCUUGUCGGUAAAAUCCAGUAAGGCUUUGGCUCAGAUGUUUGAAUAUGGCAAUACAAUCACAUCAGAUAAUGUCAUCAUUAAGAGUGUGCAGUCUGAACGACAAAAGGAGAUGGACAUGCUGUUGAAUCGUUGGAACAAGAACAAGCAGUUGGCUUCUUCAGGAGACAGCAAUGUGAAUGCGGACAGUGAGAACAAUAGGACUGUUGAGAUGAAACAGGAAUCUUCUGGGCCUCCUCAUCCUCCGCGCUUACCGACAUCUACUGAUUUGUUGAUGGCACAGUCAAACAAAGGGGUUGCAGGGUUUUCAUCAUCAAAGACAGAUCAAGAUCCUCAUAUGUCUCCUUCAAGGCAGGCACCACAGAAAGAUUCGAAUGUACCAAAGCCGCCACCUCUACCAAAAAUUUAUGAAGCCCAGGAUAUUCAUCUGCAGUCUACAGGAUUGACAGAUGUGAAGCGAAUCAAGGUCAGCCCGCCUAAACCUGGCCGUUUGUAUCCUUGCCUGUCUGAUAUUGAAGCAACAGAGACAGAGAGUGAGAUGGCAGAUGAUCAAAGCAUUUCUGGUAUGAAUUCUAGUGGUGAGGAGAAUUUGGCGGAAAUUAGUUUUGGUCGUGCAAUCCUGAAGGCAGCAGGUAUAGACAUAACCUCUGAUUCUAUAAAUAAAGUUCACGAGUCCCAGAGAGAUAGUAGUGAUGAUGAAUCUGCUGUUCUGGAAGAGAUUGCUCAUUUCCUUGAAGAUUUAGGAUCUGAAUCUGAUUCAGAUACGUCUCCAUCACCAGUAAAGAAAACCAAGGAUAACCAUCUAUCUCCACAGAGAGACUGCAGUUCACAAACAAAGAAACGGUUGUAUUGUAGUCCAACCACUUCUCAGUCACAUAGUUUCAAAUAUUCGAAAGGUCCUUCAGUGCACAAACCGGAACCAGACUCGACUCCAAGGAAAGCCGAACACAUUCCUGCAUUUGUUGUUGAAGGCAAUGAACAGGCUCCACUGAUGCAUACUGUCAGCUUUUAUCGUCGGCAGCAGAAUAUGGCUGUGAAGGGAACCCCAGUUCGCCAGGUAGUGAGACGUCCUGAACCUGAACUUGAACCAGGAAAGGUCUUGAAUAAUGUAGAAGAUAAAGUGAUUGAGGGAGCCGUAAAAAAAAAACUAGCAAUGCUUGUGGAUGAGGUGUCAAAACAGGAGACAGUGAUAUCACAGGCUAGUCAGGCACUUAAUCUGUGCUGUUCAACGAUCGAGUUUUCAAACUUACUUGUUGCAACUCAUCGUCGGCAAGCUGCACUGCAUGAGAUACAACGGUUGAGGGUCGAGGGCAGCUUAAAGCCACAAGGCUCCAGCACUGAACUGACAGAACAGGGAUCUCUUGUCAUCACUAACCUAACAUUGCCCCUGAAGAAGAACUAUCUUCAUACAAUGGCUGCAGAUGAACGGUGCCACCAUUUUGUGUGUGUGGUGCGUGCUCAGGAACAAGUGGUGGCUUCACCAGUCCUAGCUGCCACAAGUGAGAACCUGCGCCGAGGAGGUGGCGCAGCUUUGGUAUUUCCUGGUUCACUGAGACUUGAUGGGCUGUACAGUGACUUUAAAGUGACUCUUGAAAUAUACAACUUGCAGACCAACAGAGAAGUACUCCCUCAUGACAUCAAAUAUCAUAUUUUUGGGAAGAAGGAUGGCAGUGGUAAUAAACUGCGCCUGACUCCGAAGAAGUUACUGAAACAAGAGUCUCGUAUGGUGAUGCCAACAGUACAUUCACCUGCUGGCCCAUCUGCCGUUCGCUCACCGGCAUUCCAGAUGUCAGGCUAUGUAGUAUUCUCAUUGCGAGAACUAAGACGUACCCAAUUCACUCUCAAUAAGGUAGCUUUUGCUUCCCCACUGGAAGGUAAUAUUAAGCUGCAACUCAGCUCAGAACUUCAGUUAGAUGUAGGAGAAAGGGGGUUUCUUACCAUGUUUGAGGAUCUGUCCGGAUUUGGCGCAUGGCAUCGGAGAUGGUGUCAACUUAAUGGUGCAACUCUUUCAUAUUGGAAAUAUCCGGACGAUGAGGAAAAGAAGGUACCAAUUGGACAAAUAGAUUUAAAUAUUUGUACUACAGAAGUUGUGGGUCCGGUACCACGUGAUAUUUGUGCACGACCACAUACUUUUUUGUUAGAGACAACAAGGCCAUCACAGCCUGAUGAUGAAGAUUCUUUGGUGCUAGUAAGAUGUGGCACAGACACUGUGAUUCGGCACCUGCUAUCAGCAGACACGCGGAAGGAUUUUGCCGUGUGGUGUGUGCAACUUAACAAGGCUCUGACUAUGUUGAGAACAUGGGGCAGUAAAUCUUCCAACUUCUGAUUUCUGGUGUUGCUUUGUGUUUGGUAGCUCCUGCCACCAGUUCUUGAAGUGUAUGAAGACUUUUCCUGGAUUGACUUUCUUAAAGAAGUAUAAUUUUCAAACAUACUUUUCACAUGUUUAUAAGAAAGUGAUUUUAUUUUGCUGAUGUAAUGUUUAGUAUCUAGAAAUGUUGCGUUAAUUUUUAAUGUUUUUUUCUUAUGUGGUGGGUUUGGGUCUUACUGACAUAACAUAAUUUAUAGAGCCACCUGAAGAUGAGCUUAUUUAUAGGUUUUAAAUUAAAGAUGUGCUACUAGUUUUGACUGCUGCAUGCAUACAAAGCUUCUUUCAUAUCAAAUUAUAAUGAAGAUUUAAUUAGUAUGUUUGCAUCUAAAUGUCCAUAAGUCUAAAUAUGUUGCAACACUUUUAAUGCUUGAAUGUGAUUAUUCAAAUUUUUCUACACUGUUAUAAAACUUGAAAUACUGUAGGUCUCUUAUCAGAACAAUAAUUGAAAGGAAGGUAGAUUUAAUUGAUAGAUCAUUUAAUGAAGAUAUAUAAAGUUCAGGGAAAUUAUCAGGGGCUGGUUGACUGGUACCAUACUUAUUUAACACUCAAAAAAAUUAAAGUUCAUAUAGACAUGUAGUUGGUAAUAGUGAUUUUUAGGAUAGUGGUGGAAUUCUGAACAUUAAAAAUAUGAUGGCAAAAGGUUUUCUUUCAGCUUGUAUAUUUUGGGCAGAAAUGAAUGUUUUAAAAUUUGUAAGAUGUGUAUAGGUAGACUUGUGUCUUUAUGCAGGUUGUGAUUGAAACAUCUAGAAAUAUUUAAUAUCCAGAACUCCACAAACUGUGUGGUCAUUGUCUCAGAGAAUUAUAUUUUUACAGUGCUAACAUUUCAUUAAAAAUCAGUUCCCCGAAUUUUACUAAUUUUUCUGUUCUUUUUAGCUGAAUAGCAGCAACAUAACUUACCACACUUUGACUCUACUAAUUAUUAUUAUUCAGUGUUCUGUCUGACGA